AUGCGAAACUUCAGAGCCUUCGGUACCCUUACACUACUGGCUCUGUUGAUCCUCAUCAUACUAGCCUUCAACCUAGUAGGAUUUUCAUCACAUUCAUCAUCGUAUUUAUCAUCAUCAUCAUCAUCAUCAUCAUCAUCAUCAUCAUCAAUAUCUACAAACUUCCCAGAAAUCUUCAGGAACACCUAUUACUACUACACAAAUUCUUUUUCCUCUUCAGUAGCAUCUUCUGCACAACCAGCAUAUUCUUCUAAAAAAUCAUCCAGAAUCCCUCCAUUUGAUUACUCAUUAGUCAAACACCGCCCAAAAUUUGCUUUGGCAUCUUCAGUACAAACAUCUAAAUACGCUGAUUACGCCAUGACUUUGGGGUACUCCAUUCUUAAACAUAACGAUAUAGAUGCUCUCGAUAUGGAACUUGUUCUGCUUGUGCGGAUCGAUGGAGUGGAUGGAGUUACAGCACAAAACAUUACCAAUCUGGAACGGGUAGGAUGGAAAGUUCAAGUGGCUGAGGAACUGGAAUUUGAUGACGUUGACAUUGAUGCGAUUCGUUCAUGGCAUCGUCACAACCUUAAUAAACUACACCUAUGGACAUGGACUCAGUAUGAAAAGGUAAUUUUCGUGGAUGCUGAUGUGGUGUGUAAAGGUUCGUUUGGUGAUAUUUUAGAAAUGCCUGGAGAUAUUGCAGCUAGUCCAGAUGUGUGGUGGAAUAAACUUGUGGACAAUCGGUUCAACUCAGGGGUUUUGGUCAUGCGACCCAAUUUAGAUGAGUUUCGGGCUCUAUCUCGGGCCGUGUCGGAUCCCAAAAUGCAUAAUCCAUGGGAAGCCGACCAAGCAUUUUUAAAUUCAUUUUAUCAAUUUCGGUACUACGGGUUAUCGUUCAAGUAUAAUUUGAACAUGGUUAUGGUAGAGUUUCAUCGUAAAGCAUGGAAUAACCUGUGGGAUGAAGCAGUGUUUGUACAUUUGACUGUACAAAAGCCUAAGGCUGGUGAAUGGUGUUUAAAAGAAAAGGGAUGUCCUCAUUGGGAGGUUUUAGAUUAUUAUCGUCAAGUUAAUCGGGAGAUGCAAUCCUUUUAUGGAUUUAAGAAUUUAGCAGUGAUUGGAUAA